UCACAAACAGUGUUCAUACUGUCUGUCAGUUUAGUGAGUGGAGCAGAACAAGGUGGAGCCGGUUUAUUCACCCUGAGCCACCCAUUAAGCCGCUCUGACUGUCUUUAAGUUAAUUUUACUUUUUUGCAGAUAUUAGUACUGUACUAGGUCAAAAUCAUGUAUAGGUAUCUCGGAGAGCUCGUCACUCGCGGAGCCGCCAGCAGCGCUCUGGCCUCGGCAUUCGUCGACUCGGCUCUGCCCGCUUCCGCGACUCUCAUGCGGGUACGCCGUUACAGCGAGGCCGUGGGAGAGAAAGAGGAUGACCCUAACUUCUUCAGAAUGGUCGAGGGUUUCUUCGACCGCGGAGCUUCCAUCGUGGAGGACAAACUCGUGCACGACCUGAAGACGCGAGAAACGCCCGAGCAAAAGAGACAUCGAGUCCGUGGAAUCCUCAAGAUUAUCAAGCCCUGUAACCACGUCCUGUCCGUGUCAUUCCCCAUCAAGAGAGACAACGGGGAGUGGGAGAUGAUUGAGGCUUAUAGAGCUCAACACAGCCAGCACAGGACCCCAUGUAAAGGAGGUAUCCGUUACAGCACUGAGGUGUCAGUCGAUGAGGUGAAAGCCCUUGCCUCUCUAAUGACAUACAAAUGUGCAGUUGUAGACGUGCCUUUUGGAGGAGCUAAAGCUGGUGUGAAAAUUAACCCAAAAAAUUACUCUGACACUGAACUGGAGAAGAUCACAAGAAGGUUCACCAUUGAGCUGGCAAAAAAGGGGUUCAUUGGGCCUGGUAUUGACGUCCCAGCCCCAGACAUGAGCACAGGAGAGAGGGAAAUGUCUUGGAUUGCUGACACUUAUGCCAACACUAUGGGCUAUCAUGAUAUCAAUGCCCAUGCCUGUGUGACUGGUAAGCCCAUCAGUCAGGGUGGGAUUCAUGGUCGCAUAUCUGCCACUGGCCGUGGUGUCUUCCAUGGCAUUGAAAACUUUGUCAAUGAGGCUGCUUACAUGAGCCAACUGGGUCUGAAUCCUGGCUUUGGAGAUAAGACAUUCGUCAUUCAGGGCUUUGGCAAUGUGGGCCUGCACUCUAUGCGUUAUCUGCACCGUUUCGGAGCAAAAUGUGUAGGUGUUGGAGAGCUAGACGGAUGCAUCUGGAACCCUAACGGCAUUGAUCCAAAAGAGCUUGAAGACUACAAGCUGGCCAAUGGCACUAUUGUCGGCUUCCCCAAGGCCACCCCCUAUGAAGGCAGCAUCUUGGAGGCUGAUUGUGAUAUCCUGAUCCCCGCUGCAAGUGAAAAGCAGCUAACUAGAAAUAACGCACAGAAAAUUAAGGCAAAGAUCAUUGCUGAGGGAGCCAAUGGCCCCACUACCCCUGAGGCAGACAAGAUAUUCCUUGAGAGGAACAUCAUGGUGAUUCCGGACAUGUAUCUGAAUGCUGGAGGUGUGACGGUCUCUUACUUUGAGUGGCUGAAGAACCUUAACCAUGUCAGUUAUGGCAGACUGACCUUCAAAUAUGAAAGAGAAUCAAACUACCACCUCCUCAUGUCUGUUCAGGAGAGUCUGGAAAGAAAGUUUGGGAAACAUGGUGGAUCCAUACCUGUCAUUCCCACCUCUGAGUUUCAGGACAGGAUUGCUGGAGCUUCUGAAAAGGACAUUGUGCAUUCUGGAUUGGCUUACACAAUGGAGCGAUCUGCCAGACAAAUCAUGCGCACAGCCAACAAGUAUAACCUUGGGCUGGACCUGAGGACAGCAGCUUACGUCAACGCCAUCGAAAAAGUCUUCAAAGUGUACCACGACGCUGGCCUUACCUUCACAUAGAUGGAUGUAUUAUUCAUUACAAUUCUCUGUAUUUCUGAAGUCUGUUCAUCAACACAGACGUGAGAUAUAUCACUUAACUCAGCUCUUCACGUUUACAUUUUAUACAUCAAAAUAUAUUGUCACAUCAUUUAUGCAUGUGGUUACCGAUAUGCAUCUGCUUUGCCAAACUUAUUUUAGAAGCUUCCAGUCUCAUCUAGUGCAUCAUCUUUUCAAAUAUGCAUGGCUUUUAGAAAAGCCUUAAAGCCAAAGUCCCUUUACUUCACGUCACUCUCUCUGAGUUCGGAAUUGCAUACUACCAUACUACUCUUACUAUUUAUGCCAUUGACAUGCAUGGAAGAAGUAGUACAGGAUGAGUAGUAUGGGUAGAAUGCAAUUCCGAGCUCUGCAUCUGUCUUUGCUAUGUCUAAGAGCAUAGCAGGAAGAAAUUAAUAACUUUCUACUUUAUUUUAAACCUCUUUGUGAGGUUUUCUUAAGGUAAGGUUUAAUGAAACAGUUACUGUAUGAAAAGGACCAUUUAAGCCUUAGUCACAGCAGCAAUCUUAAUCACAGUGCUUGUGGCUGUAGUUUCUAGAAUUUCUAGUUAGUCUCCCCAUUUUUGACAAUAUGGUCAAUAGGGUAAGUGAUCUCAGGCUUUUUAUAUCUGUUUCCGAAAUAUUGCACAGUAAUAUCUGGUUUUGCUGCUCCUUUAGAACAGUUUUCCUUGAAAAGCUUCCUUUUUUUUAUUGUGGUCUAGACCAUAUUAGAAAAUGUGUUGAAUUACUUCAUAUGCAAAUUGUAGGGCAUAUAUUUUGGAUCAAAUGUUUAUUUUCAUCAAUAUAUUAGCAUUUAAUAUGAAACAGCCUUUGCAUUUCUCGAAAGGAAAAAUAAACUUUGUAUUUCUUUAUAUUGUAAAACUAAUAAAAUGUAAGCGAAAAUGUGUGUCAGAUGAU